AUGAGCAGCCAACACCAGUACAUGCCGGUCAACAAUCCCACGAGCUCACGGGUCGGAGACAUAGAGCACAUCAUGGAGGUUGAUUGUGUAGGUCACCUGUCCGAGCACAUUGGCUCUCUCUGUCUUUCAUCCGAGUACUCUGAUGUGACUCUAAUAGUAGAGGGUCACAGGAUCCCCGCACACAAAGUCAUACUAGCAGCUAGUAGUGACUACUUCCGAGCACUUCUCUAUGGAGGAAUGAAGGAAGCCAAUGAGGCGGAGGUGGUCCUACAGGCGCCCAUCCAUGCCUUCAAGGCCUUAUUAAGAUAUAUCUACUCUGGUCACAUGGGUCUGUCUGUGCUGCGUGAGGACACAGUGUUGGACAUGCUGGGUCUGGCUCAUCAGUUUAACUUCCAGGAGCUGGAGGCUGCCAUCAGUGAUUAUCUGCGGCAGGUGCUGGCUCUCAGGAAUGUCUGUGCAGUGCUUGAUGCUGCUAGGUUGUAUGGUUUAAACGCCCUGAUGGACUACUGCUAUAACUUCCUGGACCGGAAUGCUGCGGAGGUUCUUCAGCAUGACACCUUCCUACAGCUGUCCGUUGAAGCUCUCCAAGGUCUCCUCGAGCGCGACUCGUUCUUCGCGCCCGAGGUAGACAUAUUCAAGGCGGUCUGUAACUGGUUCAAUGCUAACCAACCGUUUGUUAAAUCUGACAGCGGGACUUCACCUGUGGACAAGAUUCUGAAGUGCGUCCGGCUGACGCUGAUGAGCCUUGAGGAGCUGCUGGGGGUGGUGAGGCCCUUCUCACUGGUGACACCGGACAUGCUGCUGGACGCGAUACACGACAAGACGACCACCAGGACCACGGACUUGAGACACCGAGGACUACUGGUACCGGAAGAGAACGUGGCGACUCCGAAGCGAGGUGCUCGCGUCAUUUCCGGUGACAUGCGAUCCGCGCUCCUGGACGGCAACUCCGAUAAUUACGACAUGGAGCGAGGGUACACGCGACAUAACAUUUCUGACGCCGCUGACAACCCUGGCAUAGUGGUGCGUCUCGCAACCACCACCAUCAUCAACCACAUACGGCUGCUGCUCUGGGAUCGAGAUAACAGGUCAUACGCCUACUACAUCGAGGUGUCCGUGGACCAGAAGGACUGGGUGCGUGUGAUCGAUCACAGCAACUACUUCUGCCGCUCCUGGCAGAACCUGUACUUCGAGCCGCGCGUGGUCCAGUACAUCAAGGUGGUCGGGACCAGCAACACCGUCAACAAAGUUUUCCACGCCGUGUCCCUGGAGGCGAUGCACACGAGCGUCGUGCCGCCGCUGUGCGAGGGCCUGGUGCGGCCGGUACACAACGUGGCCACCUUAGAACUGUCGGCGGUGGUGAUCGAGGGUAUAAGCCGGUCGAGGAACGCGCUGCUGAACGGCGACACGGAGCACUACGACUGGGAGCAGGGCUACACGUGCCACCAGCUGGGCUCGGGCGCCAUCGUGGUGCAGCUGGCGCAGCCCUACAUGCUGUCCUCGCUGCGCAUGCUGCUGUGGGACUGCGACUACAGGCACUACUCCUACUACGUGGAGGUGUCCCUCAACUACUGGCACUGGGACAUGGUCGCCGACCGGACCAGGGACGCCUGCAGGUCGUGGCAGGUAAUCUACUUCACUCCCCGCCCGGUGUCUAUCAUACGUAUCGUGGGGACUAAUAAUUCCGUUAAUGAGGUGUUCCACCUGGUACACCUGGAGUGUCCGUCCCAGGUGGAGGAGGCGCGGGACGAUCCCGCUGCCAAGAAGACGAGGCACUCCAAGGACGGGCGAGAGGCGCGCUCCUCGCGGGACAGGGGCGGGAGGAGCUCUGACGACGGCUCGACGGGUAACAGUAUUGAGGCUCGUCGCACGCCGAGUCCCCCAGGUGAGGCGGCGGCCCCCGCGGGCUCCCCUCCCCUCCCGCCCGCCGCUAGCGCUCCGCCCCCCGCCCCGCGAGCCCUGCCCGUGGCUGAAACCGCCACCGAGGCCGAGGAGGGCUACGACGACUGA